UUUGUUGAUUUAUUGCGUGAUGAUUUUGUUGAACAAGAUCGAAGUUGCGGUAUUUGUUUCACUCAAGAUUGGGUCUCUUUACCAGGUGUUCUACCUGUGGCUUCAGGAGGUAUUCAUGUUUGGCAUAUGCUUACUCUAACCGAGAUCUUUGGGGAUGAUUCCAUACUACAGUUCAGUGGAGGAACUUUAGGACAUCCUUGGGGUAAUGUGCCAGUUGCCAUAGCUAAUCGAGUAGCUCUAGAAGCAUGUGUAAAAGCUCGUAAUGAAGGACACAAUCUUACUCGGGAAGGUAAUGAGACUAUUCACGAGGCUUUCAAAUGGAGCCCGAAACUAGCUGCUGCUUCUGAGAUAUGGAAAGAGAUCAUAUUUAAUUUUGCAGUAGUGGACGUUUUGGAUAAGUAA